AUCUCUGUUUCUAACACUGCCCACCUCUAGUGUGUGGUCAGCAGUGUUGAUGCAUGGAAUUCUUCCUCUAUCACAAGGGUUAGAGAUCAAUAUUCAAUACAGUGGCACUCCAUUUCUUCCUGCAGCUCUAAUCCAUUUCUUCAUUGCAGGUGGUGAUGAUUCGGAAAUAGAGAGAGAGGAUGCCCAUGACAGAAUCCACACAGUGGAGAAGCCAUUGCCACUCUUGGAGUGUGGAGAGAGCUUCAGUCACAGCUCAAAUUCGACUACCCUCCAAAGAAAUGCUAUUGGGAAGAAACCCUCUCAGUUCUCUGAAUGGGGGGGAACUUUCUGUUGGAAUGAAAGCCUCACUUCACAAGAAAUAAUUCCCACAGGGGAGGACCCACUGAAAUACUUGGAAUGUGGAAAGAGCUUCAGUACGAGUGCACAUCUCAUUUCACAUCAAAUAACUCACAGCAGGGAGAAACCCUAUCAGGGCUUGGAUUGUAGGGAAAGCUUUAAUACAAGCACAACCUUCCGUAAACAUCAGAGAAUUCACAGGGGGGAGAAGCCAUUUCAAUGCCAAGAGUGUGGAAAGAGCUUCAGUCAGAGCACCCAUCUCACAGCCCAUCAAAUAAUUCAUACAGGUGAGAAACCCUAUCAGUGCUUGGAAUGUGGGCGGGGCUUCAAUCACAGGGCGAAUCUCACGGCCCAUCAAAGAAUUCACAGUGGUGAGAAACCCUAUCAGUGCUCAGAAUGUGGGAAGAGUUUCACUGUGAGCUCCGGUCUCACUUCCCACCAAAGAAUUCAUACUGGGGAGAAACCCUAUCAAUGCAUGAGCUGUGGAAACAGCUUCAGUCAGAAGGCAAGUCUCAUUUCCCAUCAAAGAAUUCACAGUGGUGAGAAAUCCUAUCAGUGCUUGGAAUGUGGGAAUAGCUUCAGUCGGAAGCAAAAUCUCACUUCCCAUCAAAGAAUUCACAGUGGUGAGAAACCCUAUCAGUGCUCGGAAUGUGGAAAGAGUUACUGCCAUAGAGCCAAUCUCACUUCCCACCAAAGAAUUCACAGUGCUUGGAACGUGGAAAGAGCUUCUGUAAAAGCGCCCAUCUCGCUACCCAUCAAAGCAUUCAUACCGGGGAGAAAUCCUAUCAAUGAUUGGAUUGUGGAAAGAGUUUCCUCCAGAGAGCCGAUCUCACUUCCCACCAAAGAAUUCACACAGGGGGAAAACCAUAUCAGUGCUUGGAAUGUGGAAAGACCUUUAGUCACCGUGCCAGUCUCGUGGCACACCCAAGAAUUCAGUGGUGAGAAACCAUAACAGUGCUCCCAAUGUGGGAAGAGCUUCACUGUGAGCUCCGGUCUCACUUCCCACCAAAGAAUUCACAGUGGUGAGAAACCAUAUCAGUGCUUGGAAUGUGGAAAGAGCUUCAGUCAGAAGCAAAGUCUCCCUUCCCACCAAAGAAUUCACAGUGGUGAGAAACCAUAUCAGUGCUUGGAAUGUGGAAAGAGCUUAAGUAAGAGGA